AUGACGGCAAAUGUGUCACCUGAUAGACCAAUUGUAACGAUCCAGCAGCAUAUCAUUGAAGGGCAACAGCGCUAUCCCGGCGCAACAGGAGAGUUGAGUUGGUUACUGUCAGGAAUUACGCUAGCAACAAAGAUUAUACAGGAUCGGGUACGUCAAGCGGGACUCCUUGAUGUUCUCGGUGCCACCGGUACAAACAAUGUUCAAGGGGAGAUGGUUCAAAAGCUUGAUGUUAUCGCCAACGAAACGCUGAUGCGAUGUUUGGGAUACCGCGGAAAUGUCGGCAUGAUGAUUUCUGAGGAAGACGCUGAACCGCGCAUCGUACAAGACGUCGGAGAAGAGGGGAGAUAUGUAGUUCUGUUUGAUCCUCUCGACGGCUCAAGUAACAUUGAUGUAAACGUACCAAUCGGCACUAUUUUCUCGAUCCUCCGACGUAAGCCCGAUAUCGAUAGAAGCGAUGCGAUGCCGCAUAUCCUUCAGGCUGGCAUUCAACAGGUCGCCGCUGGUUAUGUGUUGUAUGGUAGCAGCACGGUGAUGGUCUACACCGCAGGAGAUGGUGUCCAUAUAUUCACGCUCGAUCCAGCAAUUGGGGCAUACGUGUUGACGCAGGAAAACGUGCAGAUGCCGGAAAACGGCAGAACCUACAGUGUCAACGAAGCCUACUCCCUGACCUUCCCGCGAGGAGUGCAGAAAUACCUUGAAUGGGCAAAGUCAGAAGAAGCGGGCGGCUACAGCCUGCGGUACGUCGGCUCGCUAGUUUCUGAUUUCCACCGUACACUCCUCCGUGGCGGUGUGUUUCUUUAUCCACCAACGCAGAAGGAUCAGUUCGGUAAGCUGCGGUUGUUGUAUGAAGCCAACCCAAUAGCUUUCUUGGCAGAGCAGGCAGGAGGGAUUGCUAGUGAUGGAAGACAACGCAUCCUCGAAAAACAACCGCGGUCCAUCCACGAACGAACACCGUUGAUUGUCGGUAACAGAGACGAGGCCAAACGGGUGCUGUCGUUUUGGGGAGAAUGA